CUCCCCUCUCCUCAGUCCCCGCAUUCAUUCCUGUCAGUCGGGGAGUGGUGCGGCUGAGAUGGACACGCUGGGCAGGAAGGUGGUCGUCUGCGACAACGGCACCGGGUUUGUAAAAUGUGGGUAUGCAGGCUCCAAUUUCCCCGAACACAUCUUCCCGGCUUUGGUCGGAAGACCAAUAAUCCGAUCGACUGCCAAAGUGGGAAACAUUGAAAUCAAGGAUCUUAUGGUAGGCGAUGAAGCAAGCGAGUUGCGGUCCAUGUUGGAAGUGAACUACCCGAUGGAGAACGGCAUCGUCCGGAACUGGGACGACAUGAAGCAUCUUUGGGAUUACACCUUUGGGCCAGAAAAACUGAACAUCGACACGCAAAACUGUAAAAUCCUGCUGACGGAACCUCCCAUGAACCCGACGAAGAACAGGGAAAAGAUUGUGGAGGUAAUGUUUGAAACCUACCAAUUUUCUGGGGUCUAUGUAGCCAUUCAAGCGGUGCUCACUCUUUAUGCUCAAGGGUUACUGACAGGUGUCGUCGUGGAUUCCGGAGACGGCGUCACCCACAUCUGCCCCGUCUACGAAGGCUUCUCCCUCCCUCAUCUCACCAGACGGCUAGACAUCGCUGGCAGAGAUAUUACCAGAUACCUCAUCAAGCUGCUCUUGCUGCGCGGCUACGCCUUCAACCAUUCCGCCGAUUUCGAGACGGUGCGCAUGAUCAAAGAGAAGCUCUGCUACGUGGGCUACAACAUCGAGCAAGAGCAGAAGCUGGCCUUGGAGACGACCGUGCUGGUGGAGUCCUACACGCUCCCCGACGGCAGGAUCAUCAAAGUGGGCGGCGAGCGGUUCGAGGCCCCGGAAGCUCUGUUCCAGCCUCACUUGAUCAACGUGGAAGGGGUGGGCGUAGCCGAGCUGCUCUUCAACACCAUCCAGGCGGCAGACAUCGACACGAGGUCCGAGUUCUACAAGCACAUUGUGUUGUCCGGCGGUUCUACGAUGUACCCUGGGCUGCCCUCCCGACUGGAACGCGAACUUAAACAGCUUUACCUGGAGCGGGUCCUGAAAGGCGACGUGGAAAAGCUUUCGAAAUUCAAAAUCCGUAUCGAAGACCCGCCCCGUCGGAAGCACAUGGUGUUCUUGGGGGGUGCCGUCCUUGCGGACAUCAUGAAAGACAAAGACAACUUCUGGAUGACCCGGCAGGAAUACCAAGAGAAGGGGGUGCGCGUGCUGGAGAAGCUGGGUGUGACGGUCCGGUAAAUUCAGGGAGCCUCUUCCCGUACCUGGCUCUGAAGCUCGCAUUCCUUCCACUGCCAGCCUCUGAGCUGCUUCGCUUUUGACAGAAACAGGGAAAGCCUAUCUGUGCCACCUUUGACCCGAAAGCCAGGUUUAAAUUUUGUUCCCUUUUUUUUUUUUCCCUGUUCUGUUUGGGGAUUGGAUCACGUGCCUGUGUUUUUGAUGACUUUAAUCGGACCACUUCUGUGUCAGGAAAGCCAGAGCGGGUCAUGCAUGGCUUGUCUGUCGCAGUGUCCCUUCUGUGCAGCAGCUGGGUUAAUUGCAGUAGGCUUGUUCUCGCGUCUUUACAGUACUCCUCCUUGGCUUUUUGCACGUGGUCCUCCCCCGUGGGCGAGAAUCCCCGCUUUGCUACUGGUUACCUGCUGUCAUUUUGAAGCAGGGAAUUUUUGCUUCGCUGCCAGAUAACCUGCUGUCUGCAGGGCCUUUUUUCUUGUAGCAGGAAUUCCUUUUCAUCUUAGGCCACGCCCCCCUGAUGCAGCCAAUCCUCCUGGAGCUUCCAGUAGGCCCUGUACGAAGAGCCCUGUAAGCUCUUGGAGGAUUGGCUACAGGGGUGGAAUUUUAGCAGGAGCUCCUUUGCCUAUUAGGCCACACACCCCUGAUGCAGCCAAUCCUCCUGGAGCUUCCAGUAGGCCCUGUACGAAGAGCCCUGUAAGCUCUUGGAGGAUUGGCUACAGGGGUGGAAUUUUAGCAGGAGCUCCUUUGCCUAUUAGGCCACACACCCCUGAUGCAGCCAAUCCUCCUGGAGCUUACAGUAGGCCCUGUAUGGAGAGCCCUGUAAGCUCUUGGAGGAUUGGCUACAGGGGUGGAAUUUUAGCAGGAGCUCCUUUGCCUAUUAGGCCACACACCCCUGAUGUUGCCACUCCUCCUGGAGCUUCCAGUAGGCCCUGUACGAAGAGCCCAUAAGCUCUUGGAGGGUUGGCUACAUCAGGGGUGUGUGGCCUAAUAUCAGGGCUUUUGUUGUAGCAGGAACUCCUUUUCAUCUUAGGCCACACACCCCUGAUGUAGCCAAUCCUCCUGGAGCUUACAGUAGGCCCUGUACGAAGAGCCCAUAAGCUCUUGGAGAGUUGGCAAAGGAGUUCCUGCUACAGAAAAAGCCGUGGCCAUCUGUAUCUCUAAUAGCAACACUUGGUUCCUAUCUGAGGAUAUCCACAUCUGCAGAUCUGGGCCACGUCAACGCUAAACGGGUUUUUCUGCAAACUUGGGGGUCUAAUCGGUCUAAUUCCACCCCCCCCCCCCCAGUUUGCAGAAAAAUCUGAAAGCUUAAAAAAAGACAUUAGAAAGUUUAGAUUCCUGCCCAAAUUGCACUCUCUGCACAAGUGCAGAGAUUGUGUCUGCGGGAACAACAUGGAAAGUACAGUGGGCUCCAUGAGAAAGUGGAGGGUGGGAACUCCCCCCACUAGUUGUCCCCCAUGGAAUUCCCCCACACACACACUAAUCAGCCCCACUCAUCUCGCAGGCUGCACUAGUCAUUCUAUUCUCUGGGGGGCGGUUCGUCGACUUGGUAUCAUGUCUCGGUUCGGGACUGCGCAGCCAGUCUCCAAUACCCUUCCAGGAUACUUUGGAUUCUGCAGACACAAGUGAGCGGAUCUACAACGUGGAGGAAUUUCCCUUCGGCAGAAAAGGCUUUCUUGAGCCCUUUACACUGGAGGAUGGCUCCCUCCUCCGCCAGAGAAAAGUUCCUCCGUGAACAGAACAGAUUCAAGGGAACAAACGCAGGGCUUCUGAAAUCGAACGACGCCGAAACUGACUGUUAGUGUCUGAACCGGGCAGGAAAGUGGAGACGAAACAACCGACAGCUUCCAAAGUUCUCCUGAAAAGAGCAGCAAUUCCGUCGGCAAAAACAACCCCCCCCCCCCAAGUCCCUCUUGUAUUUUUCUUUUAAAUACAUUUCUGGCAGCGAUGAGUUUGGCUCUAGAUCGCUUUUCCCUCACAGGGUUUAUUUCCUUUGCCACAAUGUUCCCCCUCCCCCUCUUCUUUCGGUAUUACGAUAUCUUCUUUUUUCAUUACCAUCGGGUGUGUGGGUUUACGUGGGUUCUUUUUUUUUUUAGUGGGAAAUGUUAAUUACGUCACCUGGGACUGGAUUCCCUGCAUAUAAUCUAUUGGGGGAAAAAGUAAAUAUGUUCAAGAAAAGUCUGUGAAUAUUCUAAUUUACUGGUACAAUAUUACAAAAAAAAGAAAGAAAAAGUAGGAUUGUAUUAAAUUUCAAAACACAAACGUGGUGCCAAGUAAUUGCUAAUUGAUUUUUUUUUUUAAUAUAACUGUUAAAUGUUAUUUAAAAUCACCCAGAUAUUUAUAUAAGAACUGUCGGCAGGUUAUGAAGAAUAACCUAUAUUUGUAGCAGUUAAAAAUAAUAAUAAUCUUGGAAUGUAGACCUUGUAGUCGGCCGGUAGAUUUUGAAUAUUCGCCAGUCUAAUUUUGACUGGGGAGAGGAGGGUGCGUGAAAUUAAAGAGAGUAUUUGCAGUACUGUUUCAUUAAAGACAAGCGUGCUGUUGAAAA